UUGAAAGACGUUGGAAAAAGUCCCAAUUGCAUUGGCAGCGAUUCUUUGGCGAAAUAAUCAAAUACAACUUCGAAAAUACACAGACGCAAAACGUCCUCAAGCAACGAAGGAGUAAAAUGUUGUUGCAACCGCCAGUGGCUACAACAUCAGCUCUAAUACGAUUUUUAAUUGCUUCUUAUUUCGCAAAUUUAACUUCGGUUUUGAUUGUAUACGAUGGUGAGGCCACAGUCCAAGGCAAAUGCUCAUUGCAGCAGGAGUAUCUGGAUGCAGUGCAACAAGCAUUCGACAAUCAAUCUCAGCACGGUAACAUUAUUGGUUUGCAAUGGAUCAAUGUAAAAUUGUUUAGGGAUAUACAGGAGCCGGGGGAGGAGGACAAUUGGGCAGAUCAAGAAUUUAAAGAACAUAUACUCAAGGCGGUUGAUAUUGCUACUGAGGGGUUUAUUACAAUUCUAACAAACACUUCAAGUUUUCUGCAUGCCCGCUACUUUGCCACCCGUUAUGCAAGAUUACGCCUCAAGGAUAAAAUCUAUUUGUUUUUGUGUGAAAACGAAGACCCUGCAGAGUUGCUAGCCUCGGAACUUUUACAGUUUUAUCCGCAUCACUUGAUGGUUACGCCAACAAUUGAAAAUUUUGCUAACGACAACACCACUUAUGCCAAUGGACAACAAGCGAACGGCAACUGCAUGCAACCAACGACACAACAACAAAAAGAACGAACAUCAAUAACGACAAGACGACAAACUUGCGACAGUUGCACGACUAAAGAAAUACCAACAAACUUUACCAUGGCAACGGCUAGUGAAUUUUAUCCCGAAUCCAUGUGGCCCGCAACUUCAUUGGCAAACCAUAAAACCCGUAACACAAACAACGACAUCAAUUUUGAAUUGUGGACACAGAAAUAUGUUGGAGCCGAGGGCAAUUUAGAUGCCAUGCAUCUCGAUACGUUCCAGGCCGAGAAUAUGGCAUUUGCCAAAAACGUUGAACUUUAUCCGAAUAAACUAAGAGACCUGCAGGAACGUGUAAUGAGAGCCAGUUCACUAACAUAUCUUCCGUAUGUUAAAACUGAUUAUGUGAAUCCUGGAGAAGGUAAUGUUGAUGCCAUCGACUCACAUGGUCCCAAUAAAACCGUAUCAUUUCUUGGCUCUGAAGCGGAUUUAUUGCGGUCAUUUUGUGAAACACAUAAUUGUCGCAUUCGAAUGCAGCCAUAUGGACUCGAUUUUUGGGGUGCGGUUUUUGAUAAUGGUUCUUCGGAUGGUGCUGUCAGCGAUAUAUAUGAACAACGAUCUGAGGUGAUGAUUGGUUGUUUGUACAACUGGUAUCCUGAAAUAUGGGAAAUAUCACAAUUCAUUGCAAAGUCAGCGGUGACGGUGUUGGGACCAGGGCCAACGCAAUUUCCUCGUUGGCGUACCAAUAUAAUGCCAUUUUCAACGGAACUUUGGAUUUGCCUAAUUCCAACUUUGGUUCUGUGUUCUCUGUUGUUUCAUUUUGUCAAGUAUACCGGCUAUAGUUGCAUGAAAGGCGGAAGAAGCCGGAAAAGGCAUGGUCUCAAAAGUUUCGAAAAAGCCAUGCUGGAGGUUUUUGCUGUGUUUAUACAACAACCUUCUGUGGAUACAGUUCUUAAGCGUACCGCAAGUCGUGUCUUCUUGGCAUUUCUGCUGUGUGCAACCAUCACCCUGGAAAACACCUACAGUGGCCAAUUGAAAUCGAUUCUAACCAGUCCACUUUUUUACGAACCCAUCGACACUGUCGAGAAGUGGUCGGCCACCGAUUGGAAAUGGGCAGCACCCUCUAUAGUUUGGGUAGAAACGAUCUUGGGAUCGAACAUAACCAAGGAACAACGUAUGGCUGCCAGUUUUGAGAUACGCGAUCAUGAUUACAUGUACAAUGCUAGAUUUCGGAAUGAUUAUGGUUUUGGGGUGGAACGUCUAUAUAGUGGCUUCUUGAAUGUUGGCAAAUACAUAACAAUACCGGCGGUGGAAUCGAAAGUUAUAUUAAAGGACGAUAUAUACAUAGAUUGGACGCGUGCUGCUUCUAUAAGAGGUUGGCCUCUAAUGCCCGUUUUGGAUCAACAUAUUAUAUUUUGUCUUGAAACAGGACUAUACAUACAUUGGGAGAGACUCGCCAAUUAUCGUUUUAUGGAUCGCAAAUUACAAGAUGUCCUAGUGAAAAUUGCCUCAAAUGAGAAACCAAAAUCACCACCACAAAAGCUUUCCAUCGAUCACAUAUCGGGGCCAUUAUUUAUUCUGCUGUUCGGCUAUUUGACAGCAUUCGUAGUAUUUGUAAUGGAGGUUAUUUCCAGUCAUUUAAAGAAGCAGUUGAACAAAAUUUAAAUGAUUCACACCUUUCUCAGCUUGGAUAAUAUGAAAAACCUUAUUUUUGGAACACAAAAAAUAGUUUUCACAUAAAUAUAUUAGAAAUAUUCUUUUCAAGAAAGCCGUCACUGUAGAAAUCACAAAAUAA